GUUGAGUCGCCAGAAUCCGGCACGCGUGGCUGGCAGCCAGACGAUCAUCAGUUGGCAGGACAGUAGGAGCGAAGAACGUGAUGGUUGCCGGAUAGAGGAACCUGGUCCAUGCAUUCAGAUUCUACCUCAGAACGAACUUUGAAAAUAUUGUAUUGUUAAAAAAGAAAUCUCGAAUAUUAUGGGGUCGCCGAUGGCACGAAUUAUCUAUAGAUGGCUUUUGGCUUGCAUGCUGAAUCUCAAUGUUUGCUUCGGUGUGGAAAUCCGCCGACUCUCUGUACCUCGUUGGGUCGAAAACGGAACAGAGAAAUCUGUCACUCUGGACUGCGAGUACGUGUAUAACGAGAAUGAUAUUCGGCUGGUGGUCAAGUGGUUCUUUGAAGAGAACUUGGAACCCGUCUACCAAUGGAUCCCGGAGCUCGGAGUCCGGCACACGUCUGGUAUUUUGCGAGGGAGACUGGAUCUUAAUUACACUGUAAACACCGUGGAUGCUUAUUCCAGGUACAGAGCCCUCAAGAUUUCUGAACCAUCUACUGAACUGAGUGGGAAAUACACCUGUCUAGUCACGUCAUUAGCGGGGCAAGACUCAAGAGAACAGCUUAUGACAGUGUUUGUUCCAGCUCAAACAAUGGAUGUUAAAUUCCACACCACACCCAACAAACUGAAUGUGAGCUGUGAAGCAACAGGGUUAUUCCCAAGGCCGAAGCUCAAGCUUUACAGAUUGCUUCCCAAAGAGAGAACACCGGCUAUAGUGAAAGAUGUUUCUAUUUCCACUUCAAAUUUGAGAGAUACAUACAAUACAUCUUUGUAUAAAACUUUUGAACAUGAAGAACUUAAUUUCCCUGCAACAACCGGGUUCGAGUGUGUGGUAGAAAUACCUGGAACAAACUACCAGAGAAGAAAAAGAGUGGCUUAUUAUGCAGAUGUGAUGAAUAGUGAAGACCAUCAAGUUUCCCGAAAUCUACAUUUUAUAUUAUUUAUUUCAACGGCACUGUGCAUUUUACAUAGGAAAAUUUACUUUUUGAUUUAUGAAUUGUGAAUUGAGAACGGGACGAUUUUCUUGUGGCUUCAAUGGAUCACUGUUUUCCUUAGCUACGCUGCAUCAUCAUCUUGUAUCUUCCUGCGUCUCAUAAAAUACGCAAUCGUGCUUUCAUGGUAUGCUGCUGUCAUUGUUGGUAUAUCUCUAUUUGUAAAUAUUUGUGUGUUGUUG